CCCCACUCCCCUCUCAGAACCAGGGAGAGAAUCCAGGAGUCCUGCUUGUCCUUGUGCCUUCUAUGACACACCCUUACUGCCCCCGACAAACCCUCCUUGCCUUCGCUGACCGUGUCAGAGCCAGAACAGAACAGGGGACGCGACCCGGUGUCCCUUUCCCCUCCUGCGUUAGUGGACGCCUGCGUCUUGUCCCCCGGCCUCCCCCCCGUGUGGCUGCGUGGAGGCCAGGAGAUCUGGGGCGAGGCACCUGCUAAGGAGGGGGAAGAAACGCACAGAAGUCAGACCUCCCAUGGCCAGCAAGGAGAGAGGAUUUCGGUGUGAAAGAGCGCAGCGAAACUGCCCUUCCCCUGUGUCCGCGGAGAUCUCCGUCCGAAACACGGGAGGAUCUGUGCAGCGCGGGAAGCGCGAGGGAUUCCUGCAGCCCGAGUUCCGCACCUUUGCUGUCGAUCCCCAGAUCACAUCGCUGGAUGUCCUCCAGCACAUCCUCAUCCGCGCCUUCGACCUCAACGGGAAGAAGAACUUUGGGAUCAGCUAUCUGGGCCAGGAGAAGCAGGGCCAGGAGACGUACCUGUCACUGCUGUCGGACUGGGACCUGGCCACGGCCUUUGCCAGCGCCUCCAAACCCUACCUGCAGCUCCUCGUAGACAUCAAGCCUUCGGAAGACAGCCCUCUGCUGGAGGACUGGGACAUCAUCAGCCCCAAAGAUGUCAUCAGCACUGAUCUGCUCCUGGUGGAGAAGCGGUCCCUGGCGGCGGCCGCCCUGCCUUUCACCCAGACCAUCAUCUCCCAGGUGGGCCGGACGCUGUCGAAGGUCCAGCAGGCUCUGAGCUGGUCCUAUGGGGAGGACGUGAAGCCGUUCAAACCGCCGCUGAGUGACUCCGAGUUCCACACCUACCUGAACCAUGAGGGGCAGCUGAAUCGGCCUGAGGAGCUGCGGCUGCGCAUCUACCAUGGCGGCGUGGAGCCCUCGCUGCGCAAAGUGGUGUGGCGCUACCUGCUGAAUGUCUACCCGGAUGGGCUGACGGGCCAGGAGCGCAUGAACUACAUGAAGCGGAAGACGCGGGAGUACGACCAGCUAAAGGGCCAGUGGGCGGAGCGGGCCAGCCCCGAAGACCUGGACUUCAUCCGCAGCAACGUCCUCAAGGACGUUCUCCGCACGGACCGCACCCACCCCUACUACGCCGGCUCGGAGGACAACCCGCACCUGACUGCCCUUCACGACCUGCUGACCACCUACGCCGUCACCCACCCACAGAUCUCCUACUGCCAGGGCAUGAGCGACAUCGCCUCGCCCAUCCUGGCCGUCAUGGACAACGAGGCCCACGCCUUCAUCUGCUUCUGUGGCAUCAUGAAGCGCCUGGAAGGCAACUUCCAGGUGGACGGCGAGGUGAUGUCCCUCAAGUUCUCUCACCUCAAGCUCCUCCUCCAGUACUCGGAUCCUGAGUUCUACACCUACCUCCUCUCCCGGGGUGCUGACGACUUCUUCUUCUGCUACCGCUGGUUGCUGCUGGAGCUGAAGCGGGAGUUUGCCUUUGAGGAUGCCUUGCGAAUGCUGGAGAUAACCUGGAGCUCCUUGCCACCGGAUCCUCCGGAGAAGGAGGUGGAGCUGGUGGGGCCGCCGGCCAGGCUCAGUGAGAGCGGCCAGCCUGUCCGCCAGCGCCACAUGCUGCGGCCCACCUGUAGCUUCGAAGCGACUGGGGACCAGCUUUGCUUGGAGGAGUCCGUAGCCCGGCCCUCCUUGGAGGAUCCCGGAAACCGGCCUUGUCUGGAGCAGAAGACCUUAUUGAAGCAAUCCAGCUUUGGAGAAUUCAAGUACUACAGCGCUCGUGAUGACAGCUCUGAGGAAGAGCCUUCGCUGAGAUCCCAGCGCUCUAUGGAGGAAGAGGAGGACUUCUGCAGUGAGCAGGACCCCUUCCUCCAGCUCCCGGCCAUGACCAAGUCUUUCUCCGCCCCGUCCCUCCGGCUCCUGACCCCGCCCACGCCCUCCCGAGACUCCACCUCCUCCCCUUCACCCCUCCCCGGCAGCGAGAACAGCGAGAGCCUGCCAGAGGAGAAGGGAGAUUUGGCAGGUGACACGCCAUCCUCCUCACCCAGCAGCCCCCUCCCCGCCGCCCCGUCCCCAGCCACGGUGAGCUUGCCUCCGCCACAGGAGUUCGGCAAAGGCAACCCCUUUAUGCUCUUCCUCUGCCUGGCCAUCCUGCUGGAGCAUCGGGACCACAUCAUGAAGAACAACAUGGACUACAAUGAGCUGGCCAUGCACUUCGACCGCCUGGUGCGCCGGCACAAUCUGGCCAAGGUGCUGCAUCGGGCCAAAGCCCUCUUCGCUGACUAUCUGCAGUCCGAGGUGUGGGACUCAGAGGAGGGGGAUGAGGCGGCCGCAGAGUCCCCAGCCGUCUCGUGACACCCCGCCCCCCCCACUCUCCCACCACUCCCCAUUCCAGUGGCCUCCUUGAGACUCAUCACAGG